ACUGUAAUAGUAUAAAUUAUCUACAUGUUUAGAAAUUAAGAAUGGACGAAAACCAGAAUGGGUCAGAGAACAGGAUGGAUUGUGUCAAUUAUGUUUUUCAAUCUAUAGCUGCUGGGAAUACGCAAGCAGUCAGGCAAUAUCUUAGUUCAGGUGGAGAUGUAAAUAUGUGUGAGAACAAUACUAAGAACUCGUUACUCCACUUUGCAGUUCUUCAUGACAGCUAUACAACAGCUGUCCUACUAUUGAAGAGCGGUGCUGAUGUGAACCUGGAAAACAGCUGUGGUUUGACAGCUAUGCAGCUGGCCAGGAAGAUGGGGAACAGGGAGGGGUUCAUCGUUGUCAUUCAACUCUCUGUCAGGAAAAGAAGGCAAGAAAUUGAACUUAAGCAGAAGGAAACACUGAUAAAGGAGAAUAUGGAGAACAAGCAUAACAGAUCUGUCAAUCCUUCAAUCAGCAGGCUUUUAAAAAUAAACAGCUUUAAUAUAGAGAAGGCGCGUAAGUUGGUAAAAAAUCUAGAAGAAGAGCGUGAAAGAGCCGAAAAGCUACUUCAGAGUUUGGAGCAUCAACAUUUUGUUCUAAAAGGACAACUUUUUACUGAAGACGAAACUAAGGAGAAAAAUGUACAAAUAAGCAACACUGUAUUAUCUCCAGAAAGUAUUCGUUGCAUUAUUUGCUGGGAGCCGCCAUCUUCUCAUAUUUACCAAUGUUCACAAGGUCAUCUGCUGUGUGAUGUUUGUAUUUCUCGUAGUGAAGUGACUAGAUGCCCAGAGUGUGGAGUUCCGUUAGAAUGUCGAAUCAGGAACCGGGUUCUGGAAAAUAUCUUAAGAUUGAGGAGCUGAGGAACCCCCUUUUAUCCUUUUUUUCUGAGAUUUUAUGAGAAAUACUUUGUUUUUUUUUUGCUAUUUUGUAGAAGAACAAAUGUGUGACUGCCAUUUAAAUUUUCAGAUAAAACAACUAAAAGCUCCAUAUUUUUAAAUUAUACAGUUUACAGUGUAACGGAACUCAACUCAUCAGUUAUUUUAGUCAAUUUUUAUAGAUUAAUAAAAAGUUUUCAUGUUUGGAGCA